GGUGGCGAUGGUGGUGGAUGGAGGGGGGCGGUUGUUGGUCACCACAUACCACCCAAGAUGUUAUUCACUGCUAACAAUUACCAUUAUCUGUCCCCACUUUGGGCUAAUCAGACAGAAUAUGUAAUGAUGAAGCCCGUUUCCUGCUGUCUUUGGGAGGUAACGGGUUAUUCUCUCGGCGGGGUUACCCCUACUCCCAUUAGAGCUUUAGCACUUGACUAAUUCAGGUGCUUAGCAGCCCCCAGACAGGGACGGUUUGAAAGCGGGCAGUGUUUGCAGUGGCGAGGACUGUUUAUAUAAACAGGACACCUCUGUAAACGACACUAAUAUUCGGGCUUCGGCUGGCAUGGAGCGAGCAUCCCCUUGAGUCCGCAGGUUCCCGCGUAGCUUGGCGCCGUUAUUUUGUAGCUCCGAGGGAGUUUGUGGCAAAGGCGACCGACCCUACAAUGGCCACAGCUGGCAGGAUCAGUUUUACGGUGAGGAGCAUUUUGGAUUUGCCGGAGCAGGAUGCUAACAACAUCAAGCAGGACUCGGAUCGCCACCCGUCAGAGAAGUACGCCAGCUCGCCGUACGGGGAAUGGAUCGAAAGCGACAGAAACCAUUAUCUGUCUUCCGAUGAGAGCGGUCCAGAAACGAGUUUACCCGAUUCCACCCAAAGAUCGCACCCGCCCCACGGCUCGGAAGCUGAGAAAAAGAAAAAGAGGCGAGUGCUCUUCUCCAAAGCACAGACCCUGGAGCUGGAGAGGCGGUUCCAGCAGCAGAGGUACCUCUCGGCGCCGGAACGGGAGCAGUUGGCCCAUUUGCUCAGCCUGACCCCCACCCAAGUCAAGAUCUGGUUCCAGAACCACAGGUACAAAAUGAAAAGGGCUAAAACGGAAGGGUCCUGCAGCACCGAACUCAACCAGCCCCCUCUGCUCAGGAGAGUCGUGGUGCCAGUGCUGGUCAGGGAUGGCAAACCGUGCCAGAGCUGUACCCCCAGCCCGGGAGCGGGAGCGGCGCGGGACAAGCUGGGCUGCAACACACAAACUGCGUUCACAAUCCAAGGGUACCAAACCUUCCAGCCCAGCUCCGCCGCUGCCCUGAGCCUCUUCCCGGCCUACCAGCACUUAGCACACCCUGCCAUAGUCUCCUGGAACUGGUGAUGCUGCCUAACCUUCCUGAGCUAAA